AAGGUCUGGACAGUGGAACAAAAGUUAACAGGCGGUGCAGUCUGGUCAGUGUAUGUCAGUGAAAGAGGUUUGACCCUGAGGAAUGAGAGGACAGUGAAAGGUCGGGACAGGCAGAGCGCAGCCUAUUUGUCCAGCGGAAUAUCAAUUAUGCCCGCGUUUUGCUGCGGGAUUCACCACCUUUCCCUCUGGUUAUCUCUUCUUAUAAGUUUUCCAGUUGUUUAACUCAGGAUUACGUUUCUGGGCUUGAAGAUGACUUUGAUCACUCCUUUUGCACUUUGGACUUUUCUACUGUCCCUGCUGAAAACGGGCUAUUCCAAUUACUCUGUAGAUCAAUGCAACUGGAAAGGAAGCGGCCUGUCCUUGGAGCCCGGCAGCGUGGAACAGAUCUUCCUUCACUGCGCCGAAGGGGACGUGGAAUGGCUGUACCCAGUGGGAGCGCUGCGAUUGAGCCUCUCCCCCCGGCUUCCGUCGGGGCCAGCCUCGUCGACGACCCGAGGUAACUUCGGUCGCAUCACGGCGUGCAUUAAACCGGCCGAAAACUUUCGGGGGGCUCAGAUCUACCUGGAGCAGGGAGCAGAACUGGAGUUGCUGGUCCGGGAUCGGCAGGGAGACGAGGAGGAGGAGGGGGCCGCGCCUAAAGUUCACUGCUUCAGUCGCAUGGCCGGCGAGAGGGUGGCGCUCUUCAUCCAGUCCACACUUCAGCGGGACAUCAGUCGCAGGAUUGCUGCCUUUAAAUACGACCUCCGCGGGGACUGGAGUUCCGGGGCACUGCUCCCUCAACAGGCUGAAAGAGCAUGUAGACCAUGCAAUGAUACAGAGGUUCUUAUGGCUGUCUGCACAAGUGAUUUUGUGGUGCGAGGUCACAUCCGGAGUGUGAUUCACGACAGAGAACACCAGGAAUCCGUUGUAAACGUGGGCACCACCAAAAUUUAUAGACAGAAGUACACGCUCUUCCACCCGAUAGGGAAAUACGGAAAGUCAUUUGGGGAAGUGAGGACAUUCUUGAAGUGUGGUGUCAAGCAAGGAGUUGGGAGCUUCAUUUUCACGGGCCACAUCCACUUUGGAGAGGCAUGGCUUGGGUGUGCACCGCGUUACAAAGAUUUUAAGAGGAUUUAUGAAGCAGCCAAAGAAACACACGAGAAUCAAUGUGAGAUUGAAUCUGACUGAAACUGCUGUGUGGCUAUUGGCAGGAAAGGCCGGUGAAACAUAUGCCACUGCAGCGAUACGGUACGUGAGAAAUCAUGUUGUGAAGGAAUUCCUGAAAAGCUUUUGGAGGAUUGAUUCAUUGUCCAGUGAGAACGUCUGGGACUGUACUGCUAACCUCAUUGUGCAAGGCAACUGUGGGACUGAUUUAUUGUCUAAUACAACAAUUGUUAUUACACAGCAAGCUUGUGUGUGAAGGACACUUGGAAAGGAAGGGGAGUGAUUUAUUGCUCCUUGUGAACAAUUAAGAACAUGCACUCAGUUUCACUUUGUGAAAGGCCUUUUUGGUUAAAUAAUAAAUAUGUAAAAUAGUUUCAUAUUGGGACACCGCCUUUUUGCAGGGCAACAGUGUAUUCCACAAUAAGAUUGAUUUCAAAUUCAAAUGAUACAACUGGUUCAAUAUCCUGGAAGAACAUUCCAAAUAUAAUGUAUGGUAUAUAGAUCACAUGGCUCCAUGCAGGUGUUUCUGAAGAUCUUUUAACCAAAAUUAAACAGCACUAAAUAGAGGUUAUUGACACAAGAUCAAUGACUGAUGUUUUGUCACAUGAUUCGUCCAAGUAAACAUGCUGGGUCAUUCAACUGAAUGAUUACUUUGUAUAUUUUUGUUAUUUAUGAUGCGAUUGGUUGCAACUUUAGGAGACCACAGUGAAAAUUGGAGUGUUUGUUAUUUCGGGCACAUACAAUCCAAAUACCAAACAUAUAAGCAUGGUAACAAAAAACUACAAGUAUUUACAUUUGUUAGUUUCCAUACUCUUGUUGAAACUACACUCUUACGCACAAGUUCCCUUAUUACCCCAUGAUCCCUGCUUGGCGCCAUGGUAGUGUAGUGGUUAGCACGACGCUAUUACAGCUUGGGGCAUUGGAGUUCAAUUCUGGUGUCCUCUGUAAAGAACCUCUGUACGUUCUCCCCGAGGAAUGCGUGGGUUUCCCCAGGCUCUCCAGUUUCUUCCCACAGUCCAAAGACGUACUGGUUAGGCUAAUUGCUCAUUGUAAAUUGUUCCAUGAUAGGAUAGGGUAAAAUUGGGGUUGUCCGAGUCGCUGGGCACGUCCGGCUUGAAGGGCUGGAAGUGCCCAUUCUGCGCCGUAUCGCAGAAAAAUAAUUGGCUCUCCAUUCAGCCUAUUUAAGAAUUUAGAUUUGAAUGUCUUUAUAAUCUUUGCACUGUUCUAAGUCUUUGCUUUUCCUUUGAACGAGAUAGUAAUCCACUGUUUCACAAGCAAGAUACCAGAGCAUUUACUACAAGAAACUGAACAUGUUGGAGAAUGUUGCUCUGGAAGCAAAGCUCCAUUUGUGGAAUUUGGAGAAAUAUGGGGCAAGUUGCAUACAUAAACAUCUGGAGCUUUAAGUGGGCUGCUACUAAACAUAAAACCCACCAGUAAGGUUAAUGCACAAAGCCACGACUUUUAAAAUCCAAUCUGAAUAGGGCAACACUUGAUCAAAACUCCGUUGAAGAGUAAUCAAAACGAACAAAAUCUUUAUUCCACUUCUAUUUCUUUGUCUUUUAAGUGUCUUGUCAUGGGAUGGUGGUAUUGGCAAUUCUGCUCCUAUAGAAUAUUUGCUACCAUGCCAUUUAUCAGCGGCCUUGGUUAUGUCUGUGUAUGUACAACUAGUGUGAGUGUACAUAAUGUAAAUAUUUGUUUAAAAAAUCGUAAAUUCAAUGGAUGGAAAAAUGGAGAACUUUUGAAUCUAUGUAUAAAUAUGGGCUAGAGUUUUGUGUCAUUUUUUAAAGAAGGCCUUUUUACUUUACAAAAGUCUAUUAA